AUGGACAUUCUCAACGAGGUACUACCUCAAGGAGUGAAGAUCUCAGGGUUACCUCAGUUUGAAAGAACCACCGACCCACAAGAACACAUAGAGAAAUUUCACGCCAUGGCAGAUUUGUAUGGCCCAACAGAUGCCGCAAUGUGCAAAAUGUUCCGCACCACUCUCUCCAAGCGGGCCAUGAAUUGGUUCAAAUCUCAACCUACAGGAUCAAUCGACACCUUCGUUCGAUUGUCGCAACGCUUCACCGACCAAUUCGCCAUCAACAAACAAUAUGCUAAGACCCCAGCACACAUUUUCUCUGUAGUACAGAGAGACAACGAAACGCUCCGCAACUACAUCAAGCGUUUCGUGGAAGCCGUCCACGAAGUCCCAAGCGUAGGACAAGACAUGCUCUCCGGGAUCAUGCAUCUGAACUUGAAGUCGGGUAGGUUCAAAGAAUCUAUUGCCGGAAGGACUCCAAGAAACCUAGAGGAAUUGUUGAACCGAGCUGAGAAAUACGUACGAAUAGAGGAAGCCUCUACCCAUGCUCCUCCCAAGAGGAAGAGGGAUGAUGACCGACAGGACGUUAGGAGACGGGAUGAUCGACGACCACCACCCCCAUCUCAAGGCCAAUCAUCUUCCUCCUACAAUCGAUUCACCCCGCUAAACACUCACCUCACUGAAAUCCUUCAUGUGAUAGAACAAAGAGGUCUACCAAAACCUCCACGCCCAAUGAAGCCCGAUGCAGCCCAAUGCGAAACGAGAAAAAUCGGAUCGCUAUUGUCGAUUCCAUAA